CUGCCAUUCACUUUUUUGAGCCGCGACAUGGCUAAGGGGCAUGUGAGAAUCGCUGCAUGUUGAACGGUGGCGCAUGAUAACGUCUCAAUCUGCUCGUCGCUUUCUUCUUCCCUCUCGCGCAUCGUGCUGUGUCCUAGAGAUGCUUGGUCUGCGGAGGACUACGAACUGCCACCAUGGGGGUUACCAACAUUCAAGACGCCAAAGUCUUGAUAUCAUCUAGCAAAUUGAAUGAUCGGACCGCCGGCCUGAAGGAUUUAAUUCAUAUACUGCGUCACAACCAGGGCAAGCCUACUUUGGAAGUCCUUGGGAACAAAGCAUAUCACGCCUUGUGCGAGACUUUGUUUCAAUGUAUGCGCGAUGAAAGGUCAACCUUUCUCAAAGGCAAAUCGAAAUCCGCGAAAACCGCCGCCCUCUUACCGCUGUCCGCCUCUGCUCUCCGUCAAAUCGUAAACUCGGGAGUCCGAACGAUAAAAAGCUCAACGGUGGAAAACAUUGUAGAAACUAUAAUCGAAGUUCUUCCUGGGAAGGACGAUGGACUCAUCAAACCAUUACUGGAAGACCUCCCCAAGGCUUUAAGAGCACUGCUCGAGUACCAGCCGCACGUGGAACGGCUCUCACAGGAUUGCUGGGGCGCAGCAGUAGACUUUUGUACUGAUGCUCUGGUCACUUUCUUCGUCGAACCAGAUGUUGAGCAGCCUCAUAGUUGGAGUACUACCGUCUCCUCACGUAGUCGAACCCCAUUGGGUGCGACAGAACCUGUGACAAAAUCGAUUUCGCGAGACCGGCCAGGAAAAAGCCAUUUCAUCGCCGAGGAAUUUUCACACACUGCUGAAGACUUUGUGCAUUGCAUUCUUCUUCUGACAAAAGCCUCAAAUGCCCCCGUAUUGACCAAGGCUGACCCCAUAUUUCACACACUCAUUCAGUUUCUGCAGCAUCGAACUGGCCGAGGACACUCAGCCGCACUUGCAGCCAUCAAUUGUGUCCUAGUGCGCAUAUCCCUACAUUUUUCCGAGCUUACGAAGAGCAUAAUACAGGAACUUUUGCCGCUUAUGAAGAACUUAUGGUCUGAUAUCUCAUUGAGAGACGAGAUCCUCAUUACUUUGAUGCACACAGAGACUCAUCUUGCAAGCAUACUAUCCGACAAGGAAGCCAGCAGUGCUAGCUUUGAUUUAGAGGCACUUAUCGAGGUAAUCUACGCAGAUUAUCGGCGUCGACAAGAAAAUGCUACUCUUCAGUUUCUUGAAGAUGAUCAUUUAUGUUUUCGUUCAAUCGGCAAGCCAAGGCUUGAUACACACCCACUCAAUACAUAUGCAUUCUCACUUGAAAUGGGCUAUCAUCGUAGUGAAACACUCUGGGCUACUGUAUCAGCCAUUGCACAUUACUCUUCCAUGCUGGAUGAGCGCAAGCGUGUGCAGGCCCAAGGUCGUGAUCAUGAUGAGGAGAGCUUUGCAAAGCGACCACGAGCAACGAAUCAUUUUCAAGAUUUUCUCCGCCAUGUCUCUGGGUCUAGAUCUAAUACCAAACGGGCAGCGCUACAAGUCCUCGCAUUCAUGGUUCAGGAGGGACCUCUCACAGAAGAGGACGUCAGAUCGACACUCGAGAGGCUUACAGUUUAUAUCGCUGACGAGAAUCCGGUUCAUUCAUCCUGGGCUAUGAUCGCACUGGCUGCUACUGCUUUCCAACGAUCUGCGAAGCAGUCCUCGUUACUUCCUCUUUGGAUAUCGGUUUGGCAAAGUGCCUCCCGUGUGGUAACAUCCGUGUCAUCAUCUCGUGCAGCAUGCCAUCUCGCGAAUGUUCUUCUUCAAUUAAGAAUCGUUCCCUUCUCAGCCGUAUCUGAGACCGUGCAAUCUAUGCUUCUUUCAAUAGAGCUUAGCGGACCUGCAGUCGUUAGUGAAGCAAGCUCGUCGUUGAUGGCUACAAUUGUACGAGAGAAGGUUGCCGAGAAUCCGACGCAAUAUAAUCAGACAGCCGACAGAGUUCUCAACUGGAUAUUGAGCAAAUGGACACCAAGUCUUUGGUCAGAGCGCACUUACUCAUCCUUGAAUGCGCAUCAUUGUGUGGCCCAAGAUGUGCUUCUAGUCUUACAUGCUUGUCUCGAUCGUCCAUUUACUUCUACCCCUAGAGCGCCGUUCCUAGUUCUAGGGAUCGUUGCACAAGCACGUAUCCAAGCGUCUAGUUUGGUUCAUCUCAGACAUUACCUAUUGCUUCUUGAUGAUGAAUCAGAUUAUCAGCUAUCUGAUAAAGUUCCGCAGCCCUUGAUCACGGAAAUCAUAGAGUAUCAGCCGAGCCAAGUUUCCAAGAGGAUCUUAGAAUUUUGUCAAACGGAGCUGGAGAAGGUUAAGCAACGAUGGGAAGAGUGGAUGAAACAGCACCCACAAGCUGUGACUUCUGAUAUGUUGCGUAUCAUCGUCAGCUUCUGCGUUGUCUCCUCCGCUCUAAGUACCCUCCAUAAUGGCGAUGUUCGCACGGCAGAAUUGGAGUCGCUCACCGAUGAAUUCACUCAAAAGUUUGUCGACUAUCUUUCCAAGAGGGAAACGGAGCAGUACAAGGUUGACGCUGUUCUUGAGGCAUAUGUUAAGCACUUACCGAGCAUUGGUGCUAUUGAAAGCUUAUCCGUCACACCCUUCAAAUCAACAGGUGUGCUUUCCUUAGCCAAACACCUUACACGAACAUUACAAGACCGUAGAGAGGUCAAACAGUCCUUUUAUGGCGAAGAAGAUGAUAUGGAUAUUGACCAAGUGCCCCAGUCUCAAGCAGCUAGUGGUUCUUUUGAUCCGGUUCAUGACGUUCCUCGUCAUGAUCUACAGGCCAAAAGUGAUAUAGCUGCUCUUCGCGCAUCUUGUGCGAUGUAUUGCAGUUUCAUUUCCUCCUUAAAAGACGUUCCUCCUAAUGGCGCCGAUACUAUACCGUCGGCUUUCGUGCAUCAAAUCACAUUAAUUCACGAAGCCGAACUGCUGCGCGGGCGACAAUUUCUAGGGGCUCUGCUAUCGUCGUCCUUCAAGUUUUCCGGGUCCUCAUACUUGCAGAUUCUCGAACGCCUCGGAGAAGACCUCAUUGAGCCCCGUGCAAGAGAGCACAAUACUUCCGAAGUCGCCAAUGCCAUGGUAGUGGAGGUCCUGAUUGGGGCAUCAGCCGAAAUAUCCCCAACUGCUACUGACCACCAAGGUCAAGAUCUUUAUGAGCAUGUCGAAGCCUUGUAUUCGUAUUACACUCGAGGGAUGGAGAAGAGCGGAGUUCGAAGGUCUGUACACUUGCAAAUCUUGCUCGCAACCUUACUGCACCGUUUACUCAAAGACCAACCUGAUAUCGGACAAAGCCUGAAAGGGCCUUCUGUGCGUACGAGUCUGUUCCAGCUUUUGGCUCAAGGGGAGCUCGUUGUCAAAAAUCACGUCGCAGAAUGUCUACCUAGCAUUUUCGAAGACUUCGUUCUACCAGAACACGAUAAGAUUCUAGAGGACGUCGACAGUAGCCUACCAAGUAGUGCGGAUUGGCUUGAAGGAAUAGCGAUUCGGCUUCUUGUGCUGUCCAAGCUUGCGUCGCGAUGGCAUACACUCCUACGACAAGGCGUCUAUCGAAUUUUUGCUACUGCUGGCUCAGUUUCCGGUGCUGGCCAGCAUGCGAAGCGCUGCAUAGAACUAGUCGCACAUGCCAGAAACCUAAGUGAUCCCCAGGACCUCUUCCGACUUUUUGCACCUCAGAUCAUCUUCACGUGGCUAGAUAGGCAAAGGACCUUUGAUGAGAUUCCCUACCGCACCUUCAAUUAUGCUGAUCUACCAGCCCUUCUUCGCGAUAUUGAAUCUGAAGCUGUUGGUCAAGCCAUGAUGCUCGGCUUGAAAGAGGAAAUUAGCUACCUAGCUCAACAACUGGGCAGUACUACAGAACAGAUUCUGAAGGACAAUUUUGGAAAGGCUGCCGCAUACACCCUCUCUUGGGACACCUGCAAAGGUUUCGCACGCAACAAAGCAGACGCGAGUAAUGCGAUGCUCCUGCGAGAACUACUUGGAGCUGACACUUAUGGAGUCUUGAUAAGGGACUAUUUCCCUCAAGUCAUGGGGCAUAUUGUCCAGACAAUGCACCACGAGGAACGCAUCACCAAGGCUCUGGAGAAACGACCUGCAUACUUGUCGACAAAUAAAGCGCUAGUGGAAAUGAACAACUAUAGCCAGUCGACAGUAGACUUUGACCUUGGAAUCGAACCUUCAUUUUCGGCUUUCUAUCUUUUCGAUCAAAUCGAACGCCUUUGCCGUCGAACCUCUGCGAACCCUGUUGACUCCUGGACGGCAGGCAAUUAUACCUUUGUAUUAAGGAUGUUAUUGGAUCGCAUACACCCAGCACUUGGAUCCCUUCAUGCCCGAUCCAUUAUUCGCAAAAUCAGAAUCCUUGUUGCACUCGCUGGAAAUAUAGCCUACGAAGGGUACCCGUUACAGAUGGCUCUUCAGUCUCUUCGUCCGUUUCUUACAGAUAUCCAAUGCGCAGACGACACUUUGGGUAUCAUACAGUAUCUGUUCGAGCACGGUUCCACUUAUCUCCGCACCCAUCUCAGCUUUGUUACUGGUAUCGGUCUCUCGAUAUUGAUUUCUAUACGUGUGUUCCUCGGCUCCUCGCAAGACAGCACAACGCAGCAAUCUCAACACGCUGCCACAAUGAACAAAACACAAAGAUUCCACACCUGGUUCGUCAACUACCUCGAGUCUUUUUCUGAUGCCUUAGAGAAAGAUGGCAAAGGCUCGUCAGUCAAGGCUUUCCAACAAAUCAUGGCGGCUGCUUCUCGAAUUCGCACCGAAGGAAACUCUAUUCGUGGCAGUGAGGAGAGCAAGCUGCUGUUGCAAAUCCUCGACGAUGUCCGAUACGGAAGGAAGCUUCUAAAUAAUACAUCUCGCGAAGUUGCCCUGGACCUUCUCUGUCAAAAUUUCAAACCUGCUCCCAAUGCGCGUGAUGAUGUCCUAGGUUCAGAUAAGGACGUUGCAGAAUAUGCUUCACAAGUCUGGGAAUCGUGUCAAAGAAGUAAGAUUGGGGACGGUUAUUUACUAUGGGCCGCAAGGGUUCUUGGGAGAGCAUUCAGUGCACAUGGAGAAGUUAAACGCAUCACAGAUCAAUCACGACCCUGGUCUAUGCCGUUCCGCUCAUCUCAAACUUCUUUAGGGGCGUUUUCCCGCGAAGCUAUCAUCAAGAAAAUAGUGGAUCUAUUCUACAGUGAUGAUCGGAAAGAAGUCAGUCUGGCGGAAGAGUGCGUUCGGUUACUCAUCUCGCGGCUUUCCAAUGACAGUUAUCUGACUGAACUGGAGAAUAUCAUUCCAAGACGCAUUGCAGAUGCCUUGCACCCGUGCAUUCCUUCGGUAUCACAAAAGGAAGAAGCCGUGUCUGCAAGCAUGUUAAAGGAAGCUGCGUCUCCAGUCGUGGUCAAGACCGUAUCCAGUUGGAUCAAGCCUCUCACAGUUCUUCUUUGUCGAGUCACCAGUCAAGACCCUAUCCUCGGCUCACUGUCCUUGGUACUCAUUGGGAUUGAUCAAAUGGCCGAGAAACUCUUCCCUUACAUCUUGCAUUUGGUUUUACUGGCGGAAUUUGAUGGUGACAAAAAUGUACGCCAAACGUUGUCAGAGGCAUUCUCUUCUUGGUUCGAUAAUUGCUGCCCCGAAAACACCCCUUUUGUCAGUAUCAUCAUUCAAUCUGUCCUCUAUCUACGCAGCCAACCUACGCCAAAGGAGGUGACUCGUGGGGACCGAGAUCGAUGGUUAAAAAUUGAUUUUCUGAAAGCAUCACAAGCCGCUACCACCUGCGGUAUGUAUAGGAGUGCUCUCUUAUUCGCAGAGACAUCUUCCGGUCAACCGAUUGUCAGCUCAGCAUCACGAAGAUCUUCCAUUCUGAUUGAACCUCCGAAGGUUCCAGUUGAGCUUCAGCUCUCGAUUUACAAGAAUCUAGAUGAGCCAGACUCCUUCUAUGGGAUUGACCGAGGAGCUAGCCUUUCAUCUGUUCUGGACCGUUUGGAAUACGAGGGAGAUGGCAUCAAAAGCCUACUGUUCCGCGGCGCUCGGCUCGACAGUCAAUAUCGAUCCAAUUCUAUCGAUUCAUCGGAUUCUCGGGGAAUGGUCAAGUCACUGAUCACACUCAACAUGAACAGUGUCACUCACUCACUAUUAUCUAAUGAUCAAUUUCGCGAACUAGGAGAUGAUGCGGUCGACAGCACACUGCAUACAGCACGCAAUCUUGGACAGUGGGAUAUAAAGGCACCAGAAGUGAACCACAGCGAGUCCAGUACCCUUUUUAAAGCAUUUCAGGGCCUUCAUAAUGCUAAAGAUGUGCCCUACGCGCGCGCACAUGUAGAUCGACAACUUCUGGCGACGAUGAACUUUCUUUCAGGAAGAGAGUCAUCCGCCGUCCCUGUUAAGACACGCCUUCGAACAUUGGCUGUGCUGACGGAGGCUGACGAGGUAUUGAGUACUUCACGUACGGAAGAGGUACUUGAUACUUGGGAUCAAAUGAAAGCACGUGAAAAAUGGAUGCGUGCUGGGGAAUUUGAAGAUGUACGCCUUGUACUAUCAUGUCGAGAAACGUUAUUCAGCGUGCUCAGCGCAAACACAUCGCUCCAAAACUCCAUGCGAGCAAGACCUGGAGCCCUUCGACAUAUGGAAGUAGAGGCGCUUGUAUCAUCUUCCACGAUCAGUAGACGGCACGGCGCGCUUCAGGAGUCGCUAGCCAGUGUUACUUACUUGUCUGACAUUGUGCAGCCUUGUAAGGCUGUUGGUCUCGAUGUUCAAGCUACAGCCCAACAUGAAGUUGCAAAUGUACUUUGGGAUCAGGGAGAAACAGAUACCUCCAUCCGCAUACGCCAACACCUGAUCGAUACCGCCAAUUUCAAUUCACAGGACACAGACAUCAGCUUACCCGUGCUUCUUGCAAGGUUGGGUCAUCAUAUUGCAGAAGCCCGCCUGGCUAAGCCAGACACUAUCAUCAAAAAUUACCUUGAGCCUGCGAUAAAUGAAUUAAAGGGACAGGUACAAGGCGUAGGUCCCGGCCAGGUCUUCCACGAAUUCGCUCUCUUCUGUGAUAGACAAAUUCAAAGUCCCGAAGCUGCAGAUGAUCUCGCUCGAAUCAAAACAGUCAUGGACCGUAAACUUCAAGAGCAUCAGGAUUUCAUGAAACUAUCAACUACUGAUAAAAGUAAAGGGAUGCGGGAAACAUACAGACGGAGUGCUGGCCGAGCAUACAACUGGUAUAAACUCGACCACGCCGAGUACGAACGCUUACGCAAAGCAAGAGAGCAAUUCCUUCGUCAAUGCAUAGAGAACUACCUUUUGUCUUUACAGGCGAGCGACGAAUACAAUAACGAUGCUCUCCGGGUAUUCUCUCUAUGGCUCGAGUAUGCCGACACGCAGCUGGCCAAUGAUGCCGUCAAACGGUACUUGUCGAAAGUACCGAGUGGGAAGUUUGCAUUGCUGAUGAACCAGCUUUCCUCACGGUUACAAGCAGAAGGAACGGAUUUCCAGCGACUGUUGUCCGACUUGGUGUUCCGCAUAUGUGCCGAACAUCCAUACCAUGGUAUGCACCAAAUCUUUGCUAUACAGAUGAAGGUUGGCGCCAUAACCAGGGAGGAUGUUGUCAGAUCCAAAGAUGAAGCAGCCAAGUCAAGACAGCGUGCCGCGAACGAGAUCGCAGAACGCUUAGGAAAUGAUAAGAGAGCGAGGGGCUACUGGACUGCAAUAUCACACUCGAACGAACUCUACCACGCCCUUGCCAUGUUCAAGAACGAGGCUGAUAAUAGGCAAGGCCGCGAAAUCGCGCUGGACAAGUAUCCCGAAUCGAAAGCGAUCGUUAGGAGGAUUCCAGUAAUGAUGGUGCCUCCAGCUACCCUCCAGGUGGAGGUUCGAGCCAAUUGCGAUUACCAAGAUUUGCCGAAAAUUGUAGGGUUCAAGCCGAGGAUGAGCAUUGCGAAUGGGUUAAGUGCGCCCAAGGUCAUCAGUGCGAUAGGUUCUGAUGGUAAAUCAUACAAGCAGCUGUUCAAAUCCGGCAAUGACGAUCUACGACAGGACGCAAUCAUGGAGCAGGUUUUCGACCAGGUAUCGCGACUAUUGAAGAAUCACACGGCAACGCGGCUUCGAAAUCUGGGAAUCCGGACAUACAAAGUCUUGCCCUUAUCGACCCGCUCUGGUCUCAUGGAGUUUGUACAGAAUACAGUACCUCUUCACCAAUGGGUCAUGCCAGCACACGAGAAGUACUACCCCAACGACUGGAGAUCCGACAAAUGCAGGAAGGAAAUCGCGGCCUGCCAAAGCGACUCUCUCAGCACACGGGUCAAGGUUUGGAGAAAGAUAGCCGACAACUUCCACCCUGUGCUUCGCUACUUCCUGCUUGAACGUUUCCAAGACCCAGACGAGUGGUUUGAAAAACGCCUUGCAUACACCCGCUCGACGGCGGCUAUUUCUAUCUUAGGACACGUUCUUGGUCUCGGUGAUCGCCAUUGUCACAACAUCCUGCUCGACGAGAAGUCCGGUGAGAUUGUACACAUCGAUCUUGGGGUUAGUUUCGAAGCAGGACGAGUCCUUCCCGUCCCAGAAGUAGUGCCAUUCCGCCUUACACGCGAUCUCGUCGACGCAAUGGGGUAUACAAAGACAGAAGGUGUGUUCAGGAGGUGUUGCGAGUUCACCAUGGACACCCUGCGCGAAGAGCGCGAGUCCAUCAUGACGCUCCUGAACGUGCUACGUUACGAUCCGCUCGUGAACUGGAGUGUCACGCCUACGAAAGCGAAACGCAUGCAGGAAGGACAGGAGACAAACGCCAAUACAAGAGCUGGCACUGUGGGGCCCGCGGGAACGCCCGCACCUACUCCUGUGGGCAGUGGUAUUGUGGGCACGAGCGGAGUGCUGGAGGAACAGUUGCAGGAGAGCAAUAAGAAGAGAGACGAGCAGCAGGCUGGUGAGGCUGGGAGAGCUCUCAGCGUGGUGGAAAAGAAGCUGAGCAAGACGCUCAGCACGAAAGCAACGGUCAAUGAGUUGAUCCAAACGGCGACAGACGACAGAAAUCUGGCGGUGUUGUAUUGCGGUUGGGCAAGUUAUGCCUGAAGGGAAAAUAAACUCUGGUUUCUUAUCGCAUCGGAAUGUUUUACGGUUUAGCAUGGCGUAUAUAGGGAGGGAACGGGAUUUGACUGUAAAUUAUAUGGGAGCAUAUACUCAUU